CGUGCCUUGCGGCCUCGCCCCAUUGCCAGCCGCCUCUCCUCGCCCCUACGCCGCCGCCGUCGCGCCGCCGUCGCACCACCGCUCGCUCCGCUGGCCGCGCCACCGCCUGCGCCGCCGACCCCGUCCCCCAUCCCCCAGACCUGUGCGGCCGCCAAUGGUGAAACGCCGCCUCUCCCGCGGGAUCAAAACAGAAGAAGCCAGAUGCCUGUGAAGGGGGCGGGCUCGGUGAGCGGCGCCCCGAGGACCGCGGCUUCGGCAAUCGCUGCGGUGCGGUCAGGGGUCGGGUGGUGUGGUGGCACGGCGCGGAGGGCGGCCAGCCGCCUAGGGAGCCUCCUUGGUGCGGCGGGCGCGCCGUCCCCACCUCCGUCCUCCAGCUGCGGAUCUGGCUGCCCUCUCCGACUGAAGCCCCCCGCUGCCCCUAGCCGGGUGCCGAGGGGUCGGGUGGGGAGCGGUGAUGGCGACGCACAAGCGGAAGACGAUCAAUCUGGGGCAAGGCUGGGAGUUCAAGUAGAAGGGCAUCACCAAACUCAAGAACAUCCUCGAGGGAUGAUUUACAACAUGUGCACGCAAAAGCCGCCUCAUGACUACUUGCAGCAGCUCUACGAGAAGUACCGGGAGUCAUUCGAGUACAUCACGUCCAUGCUUGCGUGGUUGUUGAGUUGGGGGAAAGAUAUUCAUGGAAAUGUUUGCCUAUUGCGCAUAAAGCGGUGGAUGGAUAGACAUCACACAUAUGCCUAGAAAGCUCUCAGGAAGUCUGUCUACUUAUAUGUUUCUGAAUGGUGAGGGUACAAUGAUAGAGAGCUACCACAUAAUGAUCUUACGUACUCCAUUAUAUUUGAUUAUUACAUCCUAAUUUUUGUCCGCUUCUUUUCUUUUCUUUUCUUCCUAUCUUGGUUGUAUGUGAUCGGUACGGAGAAAAGCUCGAGACAGCACGACGAGAAGAAAGGGAAGCUAGGGCUGCUCAUGGAGAUAAGAAGAAUGAUUUAAAAGUCUAUGUGAUAGGAAAAAUGCACCAAGCAAAUUCAUUUGAAGAAAUUGAUAAGUUGGUAAGAAUUCUAACUUUGUUAGCAUCCUUUUAAUAUUGCACUAUGGUCCUCAUGAAGCACCGUGCCGUCACCGCUGGUGGGGGCAACUCAGAGGCCAUGCCACUGCUUGGACCAUGUGGCAGAGAAGAUCGGCGUGACCUCCGCGGCCAAAGGAGCGGAAUGCGAGCGGCCGAAUAAUUUGUAAGAAGAUGGGUAGAGUUAUAAUGGUGAAAAGAUUGAUUACAAUUUCUUUUGACUCAUUAGAUUGCCACAGGAGCAUGUGCAUAUUUUAGGUGGUGUGAGAGGUAGCAUGCUUAGAAUGUGUUUGUUAUUUAAGGUGGCAUGAGAUGUAAUCAAGAUUUAGCAGGUACUUUUAGCUUUAAUGACACCUAAAUUUCUUAAUUAUAUUUUAACCUCAUAUUUUUUCUAUAUGUCAUAUUGUUUUUCUUGUAUUCUUCUACUCAUAAAUAAAGUUGAAUUUUCAAGCAAAGAUUAGAAGACAGGAAAUUAAUAUGUUUCCCCCCAAGAGUUUUAGGUCAGAGGUGGCAGUGUAAUAGUUCAAUUUUUCAGUUACAUUGAUCUACUUAAACUAAUAUAUAAUUUUGGCUUAUUUGAUGAUUGUGCAUUUCAGGCAGCUCUGGUGAUCGGAGAUGGCUCCAUUAGCAGCAACAGCAGGAGGAGGAUGUCAUCUCUUUAAUUCCUUAUAUGCUUACCAUUUUCUUUCAACCUUAAUAUAUAUAGCAAUCUGCCCAGAACAUCUGCUACAAAUCCCGUGCCUAAUUGAAAAUUGUGACUUUCUGGAGAUUGAGGGAAUAGAUCAAUGCCAUUGUAAUUAAUCUUGUCCUUUGCUUCAUUUUUUUCUGAUCAUGUUGCAUUUUGUCAGACAAAUGUUAAUAGCUGAUUAUUGAAAGGAGUCUUAGCUUUGAUUA